CCUCUGUCUUCUCUUUUCCAACCAUGGGAGGAGUUGUUCAUGUGGUGGACUUCCUCUCAUGGUAUUACUGCGGGUUGCACAGAAGAACCAGUAAGUUCUUCAAGCGGUCCUACAGGGCCACACUUUGGCGCUUACAUCAGUUCUGGCUCGAGCUUCUCUACUUCAUGUUCUUCUCCAUAGUGGGCUUCAUCGCCCUGCUGGCCCUAGAGAAGGAGAAGCCCGCCGGUGGCACCAGGAUCGCUAACGCCGACCUCUUCUUCAUGUCCGUCUCCGCCCACACAGCUUCCAGCUUGGCCUCCAUUAACUUGGAGGACCUCUCGGAUUCCCAGUUCGUGGUCCUCAUCUUCCUUAUGUUCGUGGGUGGCGAAGUCUUCAUCUCUGCUCUUACCCUGCUGUUCGAGACGGUGGACUUCAACGACCGCGAGCGCCGGGACGCCGACGUCGAAUUGGCCGGACAUGCGUUAGAAUCAAAUGCUGUGAAUGGAGAUCACGAGGACUUGAAGUUAAGGUCGACGAGGCUGCUAGCACGUGUUGCCUUGGGCUUCCAUGUUUUCGUUUGCAUCUUCGGUUCCCUGACUGUGCUGGCCUACUUUAGAACGAUCCCCAGUGCCAAAGACGUGCUUCAAAGGAAAGGUCUCAGCAUGGCGACGUUCUCCGUCUUCACCGCGGUCUCUUCUUUCGUGAACUGCGGGUUCCUUCCUAACAAUGAGAACAUGAUAGUCUUCAUUCGAAACUCUGGCUUCUUGCUCAUGGUGACGGGUCAGAUUCUGGUGGGGAACACUCUGUUUCCGGCGUGCCUGAGUCUCAUGAUAUGGGCAUUUCAGAAAUGGAGUCGAAGACAAGAGUACGAGUUCCUGUGGAAGAGAGGCCAUGAGCUUGGCUACGGCCAUUUCUUCCACUGGAAGACCUCUGCAUACAUCACCCUCUCGAAUGUCGGGUUCACGGUGGUGCAGUUCGUCAUGUUUGGCCUCUUGCAGUGGGGAUCAGGAGCAGGGCUGACUGUGUACCAGAAGCUGGUGGCUGGGCUCUUCCAGUCGGUUAAUGCACGGCAUGCCGGCGAGAUGGCGUUCGAUCUUUCCGGCUUCUCGGCUGCGCUUUUGGUGGUGUACCUAGUUAUGAUGUUCCUUCCUCCCUAUACGUUUUUAUUGCCGUUAAAAAUGGCUAGGCCGGAAAAUGGGGACGAAAAUUGCGGCAGCAGUGGCCGCAGUAGCGUGGAAAAGGAGGAGAUGAAGAAGGGAUCAGUUGGAGGGCGGUUGAGGAAGUAUCUGCUGCUGCCACAGGCCGCUUACCUGGUGAUAUUCGUGGUGUUGAUCUGCCUCACGGAGCGGCGCCACCUCAGGGAAGACCCCCUCAACUUCAACGCCCUGACAAUCGCUUUCGAAGUUGCAAGUGCCUAUGGCAAUGUGGGGCUGACGACGGGCUACAGCUGCCAACGGCUGCAGAAGAUCACAAACCUUCCCUGCACAGACUCCUGGGCCAGCUUCUCCGGGAGAUGGAGCUGGAAGGGCAAGGCCAUCAUCAUAGUCGUCAUGUUCUUUGGGAGGCUCAAGAAAUUUUCAAGAGGCGGCAAAGCCUGGGUCACUCUUUAGGUCACUCGCCACCCUCGUUCCCUCCCUGCCCACUAUAUAAUUGUUAUAACCCGAUGCUCUUCGUUCAAUGUACACUUGCUAGACAAAUACAUAUAUAUAAGUAAGCCCAGAUGUCAUAAGACGAGUAAGAUGUGCUAAAAGGUCCCCAGUAUGUAUUAAGAAAAUCCUUCCGAAGGUGAGGAUUGAUCACUGAUAUACAAAUCAACUAAUCAAAAUCAAUUUUACUCAA